CGAGUUAAAGUACUUGAUAAUGUUUAGAACGUCAAUAUGAACUUAUUGGUAUUUGUGGUUAUGAUAUUGUCGUUGAUUUGAUGGUGACAAACGAAACAGGUAAGAAGUUGGAAAAAUUAUUUUGUCAGAUGGUAGGCGGUACCGUGCUACCGUCAUACUCUCUUUGUUCUAUUCCCCUCCGGCGGUGGCUGUGACCGUUUGUUACCUAGGUACCAGACGAAUGGUAGGCCCUACCGCCCAGUCGGUAGUCGGCUACCGUGACAGCUAUGUUCUCCAGCGACACUUUCAAGCAGCGCUACAUUCAAAACUCAAUUGGGUCGUGGGGAUUUGUUGCGCGUUCGCUUAAUCUCACAAAGGGUGAAUCUGCUCCCACUAUUUGUCUAUCUCUCCCGGCCUUUCCAAGGGUAGCCUCACUCGCGAUUUCAGAGCAUUUCCUGGAUAGGAGAUUGAUUGAUUACCCCAAAGUGUAUGAAGACGGAAAUUUAAAUUGGUAUGAUAUCGAACAUGGGAUAAUGGUCUUGAAAGAUCCAUUCUCGUCUGAAAAGGUUGUUGAAUCCCGCUUUAUAAACUGGCCCUGUGGUCGCACUCGGGAGGAUAUCCACCAUGUUGCGGCCACGGGUGGGUACAUUCAUUAUCUGCUUUUGGCCUCCAAAGAGGCCCUCCAGCUUUGGAGGCUAAGUGAUUAUGCCCGAGGUGAUUGGACGUUGGUGCACAAGCUACAUCUUAAUGACAAUGGGCUUUCGCGCGUGGUUAAUUCUACGCAUUUUAUCUACUUGCAUCCAUUCAAGCCUGAAGUAGCGAUUUGUGUGACGGCGAGGCGCAUAUUUUUGGUGAAUAUUGAAGAGAAGAAAAUUCUGGAACAAGGGCAAUACUCUAUGUCCUCCCUAAUGUUGGAGGAUCCACUGGUCAUCCCGUGGUGGCCGACAUCAUUUUUGAGUGAGUUAUACUAGUUUGUUGUGUUAUACUCCACUCUCUGUGCACAUGCUAUAUUACUAUAUGGUGUAUGUGUGUAGGGCUGAUGUAGGCAUAAUAAUGAAAACGUUUUAUCUCGUCUUCGGUAUGUGAUUGGCUAAAACUUGACAACAGCUGUGAUGAGUAAUGAGCUGAGUCAUUUGUUCAGAUUCUCGGUGUCAACUAAUUCCAAAAGGUGUGUUCAGUUUAAAAUCAGCCCUUGGUGUUUCACAUUUGUUUUGAAAACGAACUUCAAGCUCAUAUUCUUUUUCAAAACCAGCUCUUAAUGGUCCAGUUUCUUCUUGAAAAUCAGCUUCAACAUCAUAUUCUUUUGAAAACUCAGCCACUAAUAUUUCACUUUUAUCUUGAAAAUGAAUGUCAAACUCAGAUUUCUUUAAAAUAUCAUCCCCUACAGGUUCUGUUUUAUCCAGGGAAUUAACUUCAAAAUCUAAAAUCUUUUUGAAAAUCAGCCCUUAAAGUACCAAAUUUCUCAUGAAAGUCAGCCUUUAAAGUUUCAAAAUUAGCCCCAAAAGUGUCAGAUUU